GGUCAGUCAGUCCUCGCCGUCGUCGCCCGUCGCCGUCGGAACCAAGGCAUCAGAAGGAGAAGUAGAAGCAACCGGUCGCCGCCGGUAUGUUUGGGAAGCGCCUCUUAAAGAAGGCGCUGCUGCACCACCACCAGGUCCCGCCUGCUUCCUUCCCCCCCUCUGUCUCUCCCGCUUGGUUUGGUGAGCUUCAGAUUUGGUUUUGGAGGAGGAAUCAUCUCGUCUCCGGAGGAGGAGGUGGAGGAGCUGCUGGCGCUGUGCCUCAGAUGGACGCGCAGAUCGCGCUUCACUACGGUGUCCCGUACGCCGCCUCGGUCAUGGCGUUUGACCCCGUGCAGCGGCUUCUCGCCGUCGGAACGCUGGAUGGCAGGAUCAAAAUCAUUGGAGGCGAUAAUAUCGAGGGCAUUCUCAUAUCACCAAACAGCCUGCCAUACAAGUAUCUGCAGUUUAUACAAAACCAGGGACUUCUAGUUGCAGUUUCGAAUGAGAACGAAAUCCAGGUAUGGAAUCUUGAAUUCAGGCAACUAUUUUAUUCUUCCCAGUGGGACGUCAACAUAACUGCUUUUGCAGUCAUAGAGGGGACCUUUCUGAUGUACGUUGGAGAUGAGAAUGGCCUGCUUUCUGUAUUGAAGUAUGAUGUAGAUGACGGGAAGCUUCUAAAGAUGCCUUACAAUGUUACUAUACAUUCCUUAGCUGAAGCAGCCGGUGUUUCCUUGCUCGAUACUCAGCCUAUCGUGGGAAUACUCCCUCAACCUGACACUUUAGGCACCAGGGUGCUAAUUGCAUAUGAGAAAGGAUUGUUAGUUCUUUGGGAUGUACCAGAGGACUGUGCAAUUGCUGUCCGAGGUUACGGGGACUUACACAUGAAGGGUCAAGUCACUGGCGCUCAAAUGAGUGCCAGUGAAGAACAUAUAGAUAAUGUUGACGAGAAUGAAGAAGAGAGAGAAAUUUGCUCUCUUUGCUGGGCAUCAAGAGGGGGCUCCACUGUUGCUGUUGGCUAUAUAACUGGAGACAUACUUCUAUGGGAUGUGACUACAGUAUCCUCUAGGCAAGGCAAACAAACUGAUAUCUCAUCUAAUGUUGUUAAGCUGCAGCUGGCGUCUGGGAGUCGUAGGCUUCCUGUUAUUGUGUUGCACUGGUCUGCUGGGUCAGCAAAAGAUACUACUAAAGGAGGGCAUCUUUUUGUAUAUGGUGGCGAUGAUAUGGGGUCUGAAGAAGUUCUGACGGUUCUUAGCCUGGAAUCAUCUAAUGGAUUAGAGUCUGUAAGGUGCACGUCGCGGAUGGACCUCAAACUUGAUGGAUCCUUUGCUGAUAUGAUCCUUAUUCCAGAUACUGGGGUUCCUGAUAAAAUACGAACGUCUGCACUUUUUAUUUUGACAAAUCCUGGACAAUUGAAUUUCUAUGAUGGUGGUGCUCUAUUUUCUGCACGGAAAUCAGAAGAGGGAUAUGCUGGACCUGAGGCACAGAAAUUUCCUGUUGCAGUUCCUACAAUUGAUCCCACCAUAACCAUCACAGAUCUGUAUUCAUUAACUGGGAAGAAACUUCCAAGUAUUUCAUUGAAGAAAUUUUGUGCUAGGCAAAAUGCCGGACCUCCAAUAUCAGGAAAUAUGAAGUGGCCUUUGACUGGUGGGGUUCCUAGUGAAAUUUCACUCAAGGAAGAUCACACGGUUGAAAGACUAUAUGUUGCAGGCUAUCAAGAUGGUUCUGUGAGAAUAUGGGAUGCAACAUUUCCCAUUUUGAUGCCAAUGUUUGUCUUGGACCCAAAGGUGUCUGAUGUUAUUUUGGAUGGAGCAAAUGCUUCUGUAUCAUCACUGGCUUUUUGUUCAUUAAACAUGACUUUCGCUGUUGGCACAACAAGUGGUCUGGUCUGCAUGUAUAAACUUUAUGAGCACACCGGGGAUUCCAGUGUUCACUUUGUGAGUGAAUCUAAGCAGGAAGUUCAUGCUGUUCAUCAUGGGAGAGGAUUCCAUUGUUAUGUUGCCUUUAUGGCAUCAAAUUCCCCUGUGCGAUCUCUCAGAUUUACAGCUUCCAGAGAGGCCCUAGUAGUAGGAUAUCAAAAUGGCCAGGUGGCAAUGUUUGAUGCAAGUCAGCUAUCAAUUAUGUUCUCCGUUGAUUGCGCAUCAGGAACAAAUUCUCCUGUGAUUUCACUAAGCACUUACAGCGUUGGCACAUCUGCUGCAAAAGUGGGCCUGUCACAGAAAGAGAUUGCUAAAAGUGCAAAUUCUCCCACAGAUAUUCUACUUUCCUUGACUAAGGAUGCACGUAUUACUGUAGUUGACAGCACAAGUGGUCUCAUAAUAAAUUCACAUAUGUUAGACCAGAAACAAUUGUCUGCAAUUUCCAUGUAUGUCAUAGAUGAAGCUUCAGAUGAGGGUCAAACUCAAUUAUCAGAAGACAAAUUGCCAUGUCAAAGCGAGACAGGAAAAGAAAAGAAUGAUCUCGACCAGAAACAAGCACAAGGAGCUGAAAAAACCCAGAAAAAUGCUUCUCAACAUUCACACAGUGGUGAUUCAGACCCGCUUCUUUUGGUCUCCUUUGAGGAUGUGGUUCUUUCAUUUUCUCUGACAUCAUUGCUUCAGGGAAGCAACAAGCAUAUACGUAAAACCAAGCUUGCAAACAAGUGCUGCUGGUCAGCAAUUUUGAAGAAUAUGGAUGAUAAAGCCUGUGCAUUGAUUUUAGCUUAUCAAACAGGCUUGGUAGAGUUAAGAUCUUUGCCCGAGAUGGAGAUUCUUGCAGAGAGCUCCUUGAUGCAGGUAUUAAGGUGGAGUUACAAGACAGGCAUGGAUAAAUCCAUGAGCUCCUCAAAUGGACAAAUUGCUCUGUUAAAUGGAUCUGAGUUUGCUAUCAUCUCUCUAGUAGCCUCAGAGAAUGAUUUCAGGAUUCCGGAAUCUUUGCCAUGCCUUCAUGAUAAAGUACUUGCAGCAGCAGCUGAAGCAGCUAUUAGCAUCUCAACAGACCAGAAAAGAAAGCAGAAUCCAGCAGCAGGAGUUCUCGGUGGCAUUAUUAAAGGAUUAAAAGGCAAAGCGGAUGAAAAUGCAAACCUGAAAAGAAGUUUCACUGCACAAACCCAAAGCGAACUGUUGGAGUCAAUUUUUUUGAAAGAAUCAUCUGUUGAACAAUUAAAUGAUCCAAUAGAAGAAGAACUGUCAAUUGAUGACAUAGAUAUUGAUGAUGAAGUACCCCUAGCCCCUCCACCCGCAUCAUCCUCCACAUCUCACGUGAAUAAGAAAAUAACAGUAGAGGAUGAGAGAGCGAAAUUGUUUGAAGGAUCAAGUGAUGCCGAGAAACCAAGAAUGAGAAGUACCCAAGAAAUUCUUACCAAAUAUAAGUUUGGCGGGGAUGCAGCAGCUGCUGCUGCUCAUGCGAAGGAUAAGCUCAUGCAGCGGCAGGAGAAACUCGAGAGGAUAAGCCAACGAACCGCGGAGCUUCAAGACAAUGCCGAGAAUUUUGCCUCGCUCGCCCAGGAGCUGGCGAAGACAAUGGAGCAGAAGAAGUGGUGGAAACUAUAGCCAUGUGGUUCUGUAUGUGGCUGCAUCGUAUACACAAAGUAGGUCCAACAAACACUGGGGACUUGAGAGAUGCCCAGGUUGUUAUUUACCGUGGCAUGACUCCACCCUCGUUCUGCUCCAUCAUCUUGUUCUGUGUAUAUAUGCCACCUUUUUUUUAUGGUAACAACUUGUGAGGGUGAUUGUUUUACCUUUGCCGCUAGUAUCAUUACUUGCUUUGUUGGAUUUGCAUUAGCUUAGUUUUCUGUUGUAUACCACCAUGUAAUCAAUUAUAUGUGUAUCUCCCAAACAAAAGGUGACCGCUAGGGUGGAACCUGUCAUUCUUUCUUGACCUGUAAAAGAUAAACUGACAAUAAAGUGAAGCGCUUACAUGGGAAAACAGGAAAGUGCAGUUUGAGAGACUGUUAA